AUGUCGCGGUCACGAACGAACCCAAAUCUACUGGAAUCAUCACAACCACACCAUACAUCCAGCACACAAUCAGCUGAUAACUUACCAUUUCUGCUCAGUGCCACUACAACCGGUGAUGCUGCUGCAGUACAACCAAAUGCUGCAGUACCAACAGCUGCAGACGGAUCGUUUCAUGGCUACGAUCGAAUUCAACGAUUAGAAAAUGAAAUCGAUCGACUGAAUCGAGAAAUUGACGAUUUGAAGCGUAAGAAGAAAGAGGACGAGGAAGAUCUGAUUGAUGAAUGGAAGCAGAAGCUAGUUAAGAAGCAACAAGAACAUAAUGAGGCUAUCAGCGAAUUAGAAGCGAACCAUCGUAAGGUCGUAGAUCGUCUAAACGACGAAUACACAAGUACAAGCGAACGAGUAAUGCAGAAUCUACAACGACAACUUGAAGCGAUGGGUGUGGUACAAAGUGAAUCGAGAAAACAAGAGUUGGUCGUAACAGAAGUGGAGAAUUUAACAGAGCAGAUUAAGCAGAUUGCAACGCAAGUGACAACGUUAAAUGAGAAGAGCUUUACUGAUCGACAAACAACCGUUCAAAUCAAAGAAGAGCAUGUCAAGCUCAGAGAAGAACGACUGGCAAAAGAACAAGAAAAACUGCAAGAAGAACGUAAAAUGGUGGAUGAACUUAACAUCAAAUUGCAGUCGACAUUUCAGCGCAGUGAAGAAGAAAUUUUAAAGGAAAAGUGGCAGAUUCGAGAUGAGCGAAAUCGUUUGAAUGCAGAAAAGAAUGCAUUCAAAGAGGAACAAAAAUUCAUAUUGAAUGUUAUCGAGAAACACAAAGCUGAAACAGAAGCAGCAAGGACGGCCUUCCUAAACGAACAGCACGACCUGUUAGUGAGAAUGUUCUCUGAAAAAGCAGCCUUUGAUGAGGAGAGAAACGCAUUCAUCACUCAACGAGACAACGAUAUUGCACGUCUCAAGGCGGAGGCACAACGCUUGCAAGAGAGAGUAAAACAGGUUGAAGAUGCCGAAAAAUUAAUGGUAGCUUCACGACAAACAUAUCAAUCUAAGUAUCGUGAAUUGAUCGAACUGGAACAGACACUAUUUGACGAAUGUGUUGAACUGCAGCAAUGUAGAGCCGAACUCGAAGCGUCCUUAACGAAUAAAUCUCUUGCUUAUAACCAGUUAGCCAUUAACGAGGUACCAUUCGAACGGAAUCUGCCAGAAGUGGUCGCAGACCCUUUCACUGACGCCACAUCCAAUCAAAGUACCGACUCAGUACGAUCUGCAAAUGACGUAAGUGCCGACAAAAUCACUGAAAAGAUUUCAACAAUUUACGAACUGAGUUCGAGCCGAAGCGUCGACAGUCCAGAAGUGAGGAACGAAGAUGUUCGAACUGUUUUAAAGAUGCACGCCGAUAUGCUCGACCGCUAUUUGCCAGACAUUGAAAUCGAUAGAAACCAAUCACAAUAG